GUCACGAAUCAGCAACCGGUCAUCAUGCAGUGGAUCAGAUCCUUCUUCCUCCUCGAUCUUGCAACCAUCUUUUCUUACCGAAUCUGUACAUGAAUUGUGACAGCAACUGAAAGGGGGCGCUGUGGCCCUGGGUCAGCAAAGGGGGCACCGAAGUUGCUCAUCGCCAUUUCCUCCCAAAACUUAGAAGGGAACCAGUCUGACCGGUCUUGGCUUUCAUGGUUGUAGUAACAAUAUACCGGUAGAUGUGCUCUUUGAGUAGCUUGAGCUGAGGUCCUGCCAGUAGGGGGCUAGUAGGACUUCGGUACUCGGCUAACAUGGCCUGGCAUUGGCAGUGUCGCUAGCGCUGUGAAUUUUAUAAGUUAGUGCUAGUGCUAGUGCACCUGUGAGUAUUGCGAGCAGGGUCGCGUAUUCCGCUUGAGUAAUAGUGAAAGCAAUCUUCAGAUGGGGCAGCGCUGCUUACCUUGGGGUUUUGACUUGACGCGACGAUCGCUAAUCCUUGUAAACCUUGCUUCUAUCGUGGAAAAAGCAGAUGAAGUCCUUCUGCCAGCAGUCUUCUUUGAAGUUGGCCGCGCCUUUGGCAUCUCCCCCGCAGCACUCGGGACCCUGACCUUUGCGAGAGGGAUCAUCCAGUCGGCGUGCUCCCCGCUUGCUGCGUACGUGGCGCAGCACCACGACCGCACGCUCAUCAUUGCGGUGUCCGCUGUGUGGUGGGGGGCAGCCACUGUGGCGGUGGGGCUGAGCCGCAGCUACUGGCAGCUGGCAGUCGCGCGGGCGCUCAACGGGGUGGGCCUCGCGGUGGUGCUGCCGUCCAUCCAGUCGUUCGUGGCCGAUGCGCACGCAGCGGAGCACCGCGGCUCCGGCUUUGGCUGGCUGCAGUUCACCAACUAUUCAGGGUCCAUCGUGGGCGGUGUUGGCGGCACCUUGCUGGCAGGCUCGUCCUUCCUGGGGAUCGCCGGCUGGCGCUUUGCCUUUUAUCUGAUGGCAAUCAUCAGUUUCAUUCUGGGGGCGUUGGUGUACUUCUGCGCGGAGGACCCCUGUUAUCCUCGGGACGUCAUCAAGCUCGAGGAUGGCAGCCAUGUCCUUGCGCGCCCUCCCUCGUUACGCGCCAGCCUGGCGCAGCUCUGGGCAUCUGCCGCCACGGUGUUCCGGCUGCCGUCCUUCCAGGUCAUCCUCACGCAGGGCGUGGUGGGCAGCAUUCCGUGGGCCGCGAUGGUGUUCUACACGCUCUGGCUGGAGCUGCUGGGCUACUCGCACCACGCCGCCGCGGGCCUCGUCGCGGGCUUCUCGGUGGGGUCCUGCCUGGGGGGACUGUUCGGGGGCUACCUGGGCGACUUCUUAGCGAAGAAGAGCCCCAACAAAGGCCGCAUCGCGUGUUCCCAGGUGUCCGCUCUGUCCGCCAUCCCCCUGACUGCGGCGCUGCUGUUCGCGGUGCCCCGCUCCCCCGCGUGGUGGCCGCUGCACGGCCUCACGCUGGGCCUCAACGGCUUCCUGGUGUCGUGGAACGGGCCCGCCACCAACAACCCCAUCUUCGCGGAGAUCGUGGAGCCCAGGCUGCGGACUGCGGUCUACGCGUUCGAUCGAUCGCUGGUUCCCCUGGCGGCCUUGGGGGCCCCUGCCGUGGGCAUCAUCGCGGAAGUGUUCUUUGGUUACAACGUCACCGACGAGCAGAAGGGCUCGCCGCCGCUGACCCCCGCAGAAAGAGCGGCCAAUGCGCGCGCGCUGGGGAACGGCAUCUUCGUAGUUGUGGCUAUUCCGUUUGUGGUGUGCGCCGCCAUCUACUCGCUGCUGUACCGCACGUACCCGGCCGACCGCGCGCGCGCCCUGCACGCGCAGGAGUUAGCCAUGGUGCGCGACCCGUCCUUCGUGGGACUGCCCAGCAGCGGGGGCGAGGCCGGGGAAGGCGACCCCGACACUGAACUGGGCGAGUUCAGCGGGGCAGGGGAGCAGAGGGCAAAGUCACGGCGGGGCGGCGGGGAGGAAGAGAAGCUGCUACAAAACUCAGAAACGGGGCCUCCUCUGAGAAAGGCCGCUUCGGAAGGAAUGAUGGGGCGACCGGGCGGUGUCGAGUGAUAUGGGGUGGUAGGUCGUGAUUGUUGUGCAGCAGAGUAGCUUUGCAUGCAGUCCAAUGUAUCGAGCUCUGAGAAAACACUGUAAAAUGGACGGUUACUGUAGUAUACAAAGAUAACGCUACUGUAGGACUCGCUUGCAAUUGUGCACUGUUAUCAGCAAAAGCACAUGUCUGCCAGAUGUUACCGCGUAACGGCAUCUGAGCAACAUCUGAGCAACCUCUGGAGAGAGUCAUGCUUGACUGUAUCAAGCUUGAUUCCAGAAGUAUCCAGAAACAGGUUAAACACGUUCAGCUGCAGAGAAGGUCGGCCAUUGUGCAGCAAGCGCGUCAUCUUGCGUCGGGAGCCGUACAUAUUUUCUUUGGACGCUAGCACAGGGAGCAUAGCUAAACGCGCGGAACACUGCUAGAUUACUCUGCGAUUGUCGAGGUCAUCGAUUUAACAUUUAGAUCAGCCUGCUGACUCGGUCUGCGCAUGUGCAACGGAACCUGACAGUUUGCCCCCGUAACCAUGUGCAGUCAAAGCUUUGACCUAGCUACAGAAAGGACCUACUCCCGUUGAACAGUUGCAGCCAUGACAUCUGCUGUCCGGCUGAAUUGGUGAUUUAAGCUAGC